ACACGUCUGUAUUGGUGCUGUUGUCAUUUUUUCUGUUAAUAGUGGUUUCAAUACAACGACAACAUCAAGGAACACUCCCACAAAGGAGCAGACAAAGAAAAUGUACGAUCUAAAAUUAAAUUCCAGUGUCUUGUGUAAGCAGAACCAGUUGCCACAAGACAUUUUUGUGAAAAUCUUCGAGUAUUUUGACAUCAAAGAUUUGAUGAGACUUGCGACGGUAUGUAAACUCUGGCGAGAUUCGAUCCACGGCACGCCCAGGUUUUGGAAGAGCAUGCACCUGAAGUUGUCUUGCAGACGACAGUCCAAACACAAUGAAGCAGCUUGCUGGUACGCCGCGAGAUUUGGUGAGCACGUCCAAGACCUCACUAUCAGCUGUUUGCAUGCUAACAAGCACAUCCAUUGCGACACCAUGGCCGUGUGCCUCAGGAAACUUUUACUGAAUUUACAUCAAGCGGAUCUGACGUCAUUGGUGAUAACUGACCUACAGUGUAGAGGCGCUAGAUCGACAGUUUUAUCCAGUAUCAUCCAGAUCCUGACGCGCAUUCUGUCACGCUGCGACCAACUACAGCAGUUUGGAAUGCCGAUAGCGCAAUGGCCGAUUCCAGAAGGUGGCAGAAUUCUCGACACGGUGUUAUCAAAAUCCAGGGGAACUCUACAAUCUCUGAUGAUCGAUGGCUUUUUCAUGCAAGUCAAUAUCGACCAGAGACCGGUUGAGUUUGACCAACUGACCAACGGCAUCCUUGCUCUCAACCGCCUGACAAAACUGGGCAUCGACUACUUUAUUUUGACAGAUGCUUUUGUUGAUGCGCUGUCCAGAUCCAAUGCAAAAUUAAGGAAACUAAAACUGUUUGAUAACGGCGCUUCGUGUUAUUCGAUAAAAGUCACACACAAUUCGUGGGAAAAUUUGACAAACGGUUGCCCAGAUCUGAAAGUAGCGCUGCACCUUGUUUGUAACACUUUCAUCGACUCACGUGACGUAGUUCUAGCCAUGUUGGAUCCAGUGUUGCCGGUGUAUGAUGUCCGGAUAGAGUAUAGAGUAGGGAAUGCGCUGGAUGUGCGGGGGGCGUUGAAUCAGAUAAGAACCAACUUCAGUCAGAGUCUGGCCAAGCUGAGUCUUGAUGUUAACAACGCGGAUGGGAUUGACAAGGAACUAAUACAGCUGGUUCAACAGUGUAAACAGCUGCUCUAUGUACAUGUCUCAGCCCACUUUGAUGCCCCAUGGACAGAAAAGAUUGCCCUAAAAAUAAUAGAAAAAAGAAGACAGCUACGAGAAUCAGUGCACAAACGACUAAGAACAAACGUGGACGACGGCUAAGGUUCGAGUACCGCUGAUGCCACGACUCCGAUGAAUGUUACAUGGAGGAUGACCGAACAUGCUGGGAGGGUGGGACUACCCUGGGUCAAGAAUCAGGGUCUACUCUCAAAAGGUCAAGACACAGAUGUUAAAAUAACAGUCACGGAGUCCAGCUGUAGCUAUUGAGUCACAUACAUCAUUUAAAUCAUUUAAAAAAUCAAAAAUCAAAUUAAGAAGUAAAUUAUUUAUAUUUCAAAAUAAAUCCAUUUUGGCAUGACAUACUCAGCCAAGUCUUUAA